AUGGCGUGUUUGAAUAGCUUAAUCAUAGCGAUACUUCUCCUGGGUCUGCACUGUGCCCUUGGGAGUGCGGCAGCAGUUGAUCUGGACCUUGAAAGGGCCACCACCACCACGGAUACCACUCGCGAUUGGUGGCAAGUGGCGCAGUUCUAUCAGAUCUAUCCGCGCUCCUACAAAGACUCGAAUGGCGAUGGUAUCGGCGACUUGCAGGGAAUCAUCUCCAAGUUGGACUACUUAAAGGAGAUCGGAGUGACGGCCACCUGGCUUUCGCCAAUUUAUAGCUCUCCCAUGGCGGACUUCGGUUACGAUAUUUCCGACUUCUUUGAUAUUCAACCAGAGUACGGUACACUUGCCGACUUCGAUGAGCUGAUCGUCGAGGCUAAAAAGCGGGACAUCAAAAUCAUCUUGGACUUCGUGCCCAACCAUUCGAGUGAUGAGAAUGUCUGGUUCCAGAAGUCUGUGAAAAGGGAGAAGGGUUACGAAGACUACUACAUGUGGCACGAUGGUUAUGUUAAUGCCAGCACUGGUGUAAGGGAACCGCCGUCCAACUGGCUUCAAGCAUUCCGUGGCAGUGCCUGGGAGUGGAACGAGGAGCGUCAGCAGUACUAUCUCCAUCAGUUUGCCGUCAAGCAGCCGGAUCUUAACUAUCGCAAUCCCGCCGUAGUGGCUCAAAUGAAACGUGUGCUCACAUACUGGUUGGAUCGUGGAGUGGCUGGAUUCCGCAUGGAUGCCGUGCCCUGGUGCUUUGAGGUUCUACCCGAUGCUGAUGGCCGCUAUCCCGACGAGCCACUGAGUGGUUACACAGAUGAUCCGGAUGACUCCUCUUACCUGAAACAUAUUUACACCCAGGAUCUGCGUGAAACUGUGGAGAUGGUGUUCCAGUGGCGCACUCUGCUGGAUGAUUACCAGCGCAUACACGGCGGUGAUACGCGAGUUAUCAUGGUGGAAACUUAUUCCGGCCUGGACUAUGUGAUGCAGUUCUAUGGCAAUCGUACUACCAAAGGUGCCCAGAUGCCUUUCAACUUUCAGUUUAUCAUCGGUGGCAAUGGGGACAAGAACAACACCGAGCUGAAUGCCACUGGUUUCGUGAAGAUCAUCAACAGCUGGUUGAGUCAGAUGCCCGCCGGACAGACAGCUAACUGGGUGAUGGGCAAUCAUGACCAGCGUCGAGUGGGAAGUCGAUAUGGUGAGAACCGCAUUGAUCUGAUGAACAUGCUGCAGAUGUUCUUGCCCGGCGUGAGCAUCACCUAUCAGGGUGAGGAAUUGGGAAUGACUGAUCUGGACAUCAGCUGGGAGGAUAGUCGGGAUCCAGCGGCCUGCAACUCCAACUCAAACAUUUACGAGCAGUUCACCCGUGAUCCCGCCAGGACUCCUUUCCAGUGGAGUGAUGAGGCCAACGCAGGAUUCUCCACCAAUGCCACCACUUGGCUUCCAAUUAAUCCUAAUUAUGUGACUGUGAAUGUCAAGACUGAAAAUGCCACGAGUCCCAGUCACUUAAGCCUUUAUAAGCAGCUGGUGGAGCUGCGUAAAUCCAAGACUCUGCAGUUUGGCGCCACUCGAUAUGGGAAUGUGGGCGACAAUGUGGUUGCCAUUAGGAGAUACCUGAGUGGGGAAACUACUUAUGUGCUGGUGGCCAAUGUGCUGGACACUACUGUCUCGGGAUUAAAUGUAGCUAGUGCUGUCUAUGCCACUGAAAGCUACAAGAUCAAGCUGUUGAAUCCGCAGUCCAAGGCCACAGUUGGCGAUAGCGUAACAUUGAGCAACUUGUCGCUGGAACCAUAUGCAGCACUGAUUUUGGAGUCUGUCUAGAGUUUACAUAAUCAUAAUCAUAAGUUGGAAAGAAACAAUACAUACGUAUAUAUAAAGUA